AAGUAUUACUCAAAUAUUACACCACCAUUCUCUUUAUACAAUAACAUACACUUUAACAUUACUUAUAUACUGUUAUUCUAAAAUGUCUUAUUGCAGGGGUUGAAUGCGUCGUUUGUAACAUGGCAGUUUGUUGACACACGUGCAGCGUUUUAAAAGGCGUCAAUGUAUAGUACAAUUCUAGCAGCCUGUUUAGUUUCCAAUGCGCAUGCGUCAUGCAACAGUGGACUCGUAGCGGAAAUGCGUCGUUCCAUCAACACAGUCGUGCGUGAAGUCGAACUUAUAAAGGCUUGUGGCAUAAUGAUGCGAUAGGCAUUAUGAUUCAGCCCAUAGUACUUACUACAGUUUUAUGAUUCAACGGCGUUAGUAUAGAUGGAGAAGUAUUCAGGAUUAUAUAAGGAGUCUACCGAUGCCACGAAACAACAGGAAAGACACUAUUAUCUUCUGUCCGAGCUUCAAAUACUGGUCAAAGACUUGCCAAGCUGGUUUCAGCAGCGCUUGUCGUACACAACGCUAAGUGAUUUGGCCCAGGCUCUCAUAGAUGGCACUGUGUAUGAGAUUGUCCAGGGCCUAUUGGACAUCCAGCACCUAACUGAGAAAAACCUGUAUAACCAAAGGCAGAAAUUACAUACUGAACACAGAGUUCUCAAGCAUGAUUUGAUACGGAAACAGAAAGUGGCUCUGCAGACCUGCAAAUCUCACAACCUCACUGUACUAAAGGCAAGCCAGCGUGCUGAAAUAGAGGGUCUGGAGCAGCGUGUGAAAGACGAACAACGGAUGAUGGAUGAGAAGAUUGUGGCAGAGAUGGAUCAGAAGGUCCUGGAUCAACAAAAUACACUUGAGAAAGCUGGAGUUCCGGGUUUCUACAUCACCACUCUCCCACAGGAAGUGACAAUGCAGAUGAACUUACUAGAGUUGAUCCUGAAGUUACAACAAAAAGAAUCUCAAUCAGGAAUUCUGCUUUGAGUGACAUAAGCCUUUUUUCAUAUUUAGGUUGUCCAUUGUUAUCUGCACAUUAGGCAGAGAUUAUCCCCCAGUUUUGUCAUGAAAGUUGUUCAGGGUCUAUGAGGGUAUAGCGUGAUUAGUAAUAAAUAGCUGCACUGCUGCCUUUAACAUAUGAAUUUUUACUUUACUCAUGCAACAUCACCAACUGAGAGAUACAUUUUGGAUGUUUCUGAUUUACCAAGGAAAUAUUUGAUGCAUCAAUAAGACUAGUUUUGUAUUAUUAUAUUCUCCCAAAUAAAAAAUAAAAAACUCAAUAAAAAAUUUAACAGAGA